AGUAGACUUGAGAUGGAUAGUAAAUUAGUGAGAGAGCUAAGAGCAUAUUUGGGUGCAAUAUUUUUGCAGUUUGGGUAUGCAGGCUUAGGUAUAAUAGCAAAGUUAGCUCUGAAUAAGGGAAUGAGCAAUUACACAUUUGCUGUCUACAGAAAUCUGGUGGCCGCCAUCGUCGUAGCCCCUUUUGCCUUUGCCUUGGAAAGGAAAACCAGGCCAAAAAUGACACUCUCCAUUUUCAUCAAAAUAUCCCUCCUUGCUCUAUUGGAGCCUGUGAUAGAUCAAAACUUGUACUACAUUGGGCUGAAGAGCACAACAGCUACAUUUGCAGCCGCGAUGUGGAACACGGUUCCGGCCCUCACCUUUCUAUUUGCGUGGCUCUUCAGGCUUGAAACCGUCAACUUCAGAAAACUGCACAGCCAAGCAAAGGUUGUGGGAACUGUAGUAACUCUAGGUGGAGCAAUGAUAAUGACUUUGGUAAAAGGCUCUGUUAUAGAAUUGCCAUGGACCAGACAAAACGCCAACUCUAACUCUCUUGCUGAAGAAAUACACCCCCACCAAUUUAUCAUGGGAGCUAUUAUGAUUGGAGCUGGUUGUAUUUGUGGCUCCCUUUUCUACAUUCUACAGGCGAUCACGUUGAAGUCGUACCCAGCAGCGAUUUCCCUCACCGGCCUCAUAUGCAUGUUCGGAGCAUUGCAAGGGACCGUCCUCACUCUCGUGGUCGAGAGGGGCAAUGCUCACAUCUGGUCAAUUGGAUGGGACACCUCACUUUUAGCUUAUGUUUAUGGUGGAUUAAUAUGUUCUGGAGUGGCCUACUAUGUAUCAGGAGUCAUCAUGAAGGACAAAGGCCCGGUUUUCGUUACUUCCUUCAAUCCUCUAAACAUGGUGAUUGUUGCCGGCAUGAGCUCUUUCAUUCUGGCCGAGCAGCUCAACGUCGGCAAGGUAGCAGGAGCCACGGUGAUCGUGAUUGGGCUCUACCUAGUUAUAUGGGGAAAGACUCGCGAUCAAAGCGUAUCCACGUAUCCUCAAUCGGAACUUGUCCACCAAUCACCGCAGAAUCAAACCUCCAACACACAUGUCUCCAAGCCAACUUCCGACGACAGUGUUGUUUAAGAGGAACAAUUUUCAUCAUAAAGUAUACAUUAAGAAAACAAAUAAUCGAGGCUUAUUAUAUUUUCUGUAAGAGCAGAGUUGAGACAUUGUUAUCUAAAUUCAUCAAUACAAAUGUCUAAGCAAUCACAGCUCAAAUACUUGUGGUUAUAGUUCAAUCUGAAAUGGGCACUUAGAAGAUCUCCCAUGAAAAUCAGAUUUGUAUUGUAGUAUCUAUGCAAAAAAGUUUUGAAGAAUUUACAAGAAUGUCAUUUUAAUUAAA